UAUAAAUUAAUUAUGUCGUUAAUUUUGAAAGGAGCCGUUAAUUUGUAUUACUAUCUCAACUAUGAUAUUGCGGAGCUUACGACACAAAACUGGCCACUCAUGAAGACGCCGUGGCCAGGUUUGCUUAUAAUUGCAAUCUAUAUAAUGACCGUGUGCCGUUGGCUCCCAGACUGUAUGAAGCAUCGCCCCCCAUAUGACUUAAGGAAAACUAUAGUGUUGUACAACAUAUUUCAAAUUAUAUGCUGUAUUUAUGUGCUUUAUCAGAGUCUAAAAUUGGGAUGGUUGAGUCGUUACCGUAUUGUUUGUGAACCUAUAGGUGAUGGACCCCAGAGCAUUGACUAUGCCUGGAAAGUUUGCUACGCGUACUUUGUUAUAAAAUUAAUGGAUCUGCUGGAUACGGUAUUUUUUGUAUUAAGAAAAAAACAAAAUCAAGUGACAUUUUUACAUGUUUACCACCAUAUGGGAAUGGUGGCAGUCGCUUGGGGAAUAGUUAAAUGGGUACCAGGUGGACACAUGACGCUGAUGAUACCUAUCAAUUCAUUCGUUCAUAUAAUUAUGUACACGUAUUAUUUGCUGACCGUAUGGGACGAGUCCUACAAGAAGUCUCUCUGGUGGAAAAAGCAUGUUACACAGGUACAAAUUAUACAAUUCACCAUACUGCUGGUACAUUUCAUCGCGCUAGUCAUAGCCAAGGAUUGCUCUUUACCGCGACAACCUGCUUACAUUAUGAUACCUCAAAACCUAUUUAUGUUUCUCUUAUUUAGUGAAUUUUAUUACAAAACAUAUGUACAGAGUAAGAAAGAUAACUAACUUUAAUUUUUAUAGGGAUUUUGAA